AUGUCAAUAUUUCGUCUUUUAUCUGCAAUACUUCAUUUGGAAAAUGUUGUUAUUAAUGAUGAAGGUGAACAUGAAUCAACAUUUAUUAAAGAAUCAGAUAAAUCAUUUUUAAUAUUUUGGUCACUUGUUAAACUUGAUGAAAAUCGUAUGAGAACAUGGCUAUGUAAUAAAAGAAUCAAAACAGGUGUUGAACUUCAUGUAUUUACACUUGAACAAGAAGAAUAUAUGACAGAAGAAAUAACUUGGUCAUUUAUUCAAUUUUAUGAUAAUCAACCAUGUAUUGAUUUAAUUGAAAGUAGAUUAGGAAUAUUAAAUUUAUUAGAUGAAGAAUGCAAAAUGUCUAAAGGAUUAGAUGAAAAUUGGCAUAGAAAAUUAGUUAGUCAAUAUGGAAAACAUGCGGAUUUUUCAACAAAACAAAAAUAUGCAGCUAAUUCAACAUUUAUUAUAAAUCAUUUUGCAGAAAAAGUUGAAUAUUGA